AUGGCAGACAGACCUAUCACAGAUAAAUUUGUGCCUGAAUUGAACCUUUUGUCUUCUUUUGUCAUAGACACAGAAGAUUAUCUGGUAUUUGUGGGUCACGAGUCAGGAGAUGAUACAGAAGAGUACGAGUUGGAGAUCCAGCAAGUUGUCAUCGUGGACAGAAUCCUCUACAUUGCUGCUCGGAACAAUAUUUACACUGUUGAUAUGGACACAUCACAUACCAGAGAAAUUUAUUUUAACAAAAAAUUGACGUGGAAAUCCAGUAGAGAAAAACUGGAAAAAUGUAUUUUGAUGGGAAAAUUUGGGUAUGAAUGUCAUAAUUUCAUUAAGGUUCUCAUAAAACGAAAUGAAGAUACAUUAUUUAUUUGUGGAACAGACAGCUUUAGUCCUACCUGUAGGAACUAUAAGAUAGAUACUCUUGAAGUUGAAGAAGAAAUCAGUGGAAAGGGCAGGUGCCCCUAUGAUGCAAAGGACAACAAUGUCGCAUUAUUUGCAGGUGGGUAUCUGUAUUCUGGUACUGUGUCAGAUGCAAUGUCAAGAGAUUCACUCAUUUACCGAAGCCUUGGAGACACCCCACCUCUGCGGACAGCUCAAUAUGAUUCAAAAUGGCUGAAAGACCCUAACUUCAUCCAUGUGGUGGAUUAUGGCAAUUAUAUAUACUACUUCUUUCGAGAAGUUGCAGUUGAAUACUUCAACGUUGGGGAGAUUAUUGUAUCGAGAGUAGCUCGGAUUUGCAAGAAUGACAUGGGUGGAAAUAUGGCAUUUCUAGACCAAAAGUGGACUUCCUUCCUAAAGGCACGACUGAACUGCUUAGUUCCUUCCCUUGUAAAUUUCUAUUUUAACAUACUGCAGGCAGUGACGAACGUUGUUCAUAUCAAUGGCCAUGAUGUGGUCUUUGCAGUCUUUACUACCCCUGAAAACAGCAUCCCUGGCUCUGCUGUUUGUGCGUAUGAUAUGCUUGAGCUUGACAAGGUGUUUUCUGGGAGGUUCAAAGAACAGCUUUCUCCAGCGUCAAUAUGGACUCCAGUUCCUAGUUACCGGAUACCAACACCCAGGCCUGGUUCGUGUGCUGGGUCUGAACCCCUUGAAGAGUAUACAUCCUCCAAUGAUUUUCCAGAGGACAUUCUAAAGUUUAUGAAAAACUAUCACCUCAUGAAUGAAGGCAUAUCAUCAAUAGAAUCUCGACCAUGGUUCCUGCGAACAACGGCCAAGUAUCGGAUCACCCACAUUGCUGUAGAUGUUUCUGCUGGAGCCAAUGAGGACCGGGUUGUGGUUUUCCUUGGAUCUCAAAAGGGAAUGAUUUUGAAGGUCGUGGACAUAUCAGGAGAGAAUGCUUUCUUAAGUAAAAGUCUUUUUGUGGAGGAGAUGGUUGUUUACAAUAGUAAAAAGUGCCAGUAUAAAGGAUGGAAUGACCCAAAAAUUAUGAGCAUGAAGUUGGACAAGCCAUCUGAUGCCCUUUAUGUCGCAUUCAGAACCUGUGUGAUAAAGGUGCCGCUGGCAAGGUGUCACUUUAAUGGCAAAUGCAAAAAGGCUUGCAUAGCUAAUCGAGACCCAUAUUGUGGAUGGGUGAAGGAAAGUGAGGAAUGCAAAUACCUCAUACCGGGAGAUGGCCAGGAAUUCGAACAGGACGUAGACCAUGGCAAUUUACAGGAUAUGGACGACUGUUCAAAAAAGUAA